AUGCUUGAAGAAGUAUCUGCAUUGGGACAUUUGGAUUCAACAUUUGUCCUGGGAAUGAUACUGAUGGCUGAAGGGAGACAUAGGAAGCACAAAGCUUUAGACAUGUUGAACAAUGUUUACCGCAGAGCAAAAAGUAAGUGGAAUCUUAGAGCAACGUGUUCUAAGGUUCAUCUCCACUUAAAUAGGGAGGGCAGGAAACAUGUACACUUCCAUGGCUUCCAAAGAUCUUGUGCAUUGCAUAAGUAUGUAGGUAGUGUAUCAGACGCUUUUGUGAAUGGAUACAAAUGGGUGUUUACGUAUGACAUUUGCUUAUGGGAUGCUUCUUUCGUUAGGGUUUCUAGGGAGUUUGGUAUAACUUAUGAGUAG